AUGGGCAGCGGUUUAUCUAAGAACGGCAAUUUGUCUGAGAAAAGCCAGAGGGCGAGCACAUCAAUAUCAUUUACCCUGAAAGCUACAUUUAAUUAUUCUGACUGCUUCUUUGAAACUGUGCCUAAAGAAAACAUACAGCUGGGAGAUAUCAUCUUAUUUCGUAUGGACACCUCCCUACAGUCUAGCAGCUGGAAGCACGCUGGUGUUUACUGUGGAAACAAGAAAGUUGUACACUUUGACGGAAUCGUCCACAUACAAGGAAUCGAUGCUAUGGAAAGAACCAGGGGGAAAUGUCAGAUUUUGAGACUUAAACGAGGAAUCAAUAAAGACGCUUUCCUGAAGAAGGUAGAUGCCAUGCUGAAUGCUGAGACAACAUACCACUGUGUCACAAACAACUGCAUCCAUUUUGCACUUUCCCUUUUGGAUAUGGAAAAGUUUUACCAUGAAAUAUUUACUUUUGUAGAAGAUGGCAAUGGAAAUGAUGCAGGAGAACAGGUGCCCCUGAACAUGACAGGACAAGUGGAUCAGAAUGAGUACAACAGAGCCGGCCAAUUUCAGAACAACAUGCCACUGAGAGAAAUUCCCUUACGCAAUAUUUCAUAAGGACAUAAAAAAUAAUGUUUGGUAGGAUAUAGAUAUUCAGGCUUAUCUGUAAAGGCCUAUACUUUAAGAAUUUACGUAUAUGUUUAUCAUUUAGCUAGUUAUAGAGGUAUAAUCUGAAGCCCUGUUCUUAGGCUAAGAUCUCUGGCU